UACAGUUCCGCCUACAGUUGGAUCCCGUCUCGUGCUGCCCCCCCCACUUCCUCCCGUUCCCUCCUGUGUUCCUGGAGGUUCCCGCCCUGCAAACCCUAGGCUGUUGUCAGUCACCGCCAUUGUCCGCAUCUCACGGGAGACGGGGUAUUGUUUCCUAGGCGUGACUGGAUCUGUAGGCUGUAGAUGGAGAAGGUUAGGGUUUCGCCUCAUGGCUAGGGAGCUGCUAAAAUUGGCUUUGGGGUGAAAUAUUGUAGAGGACAGGGCACAGCGGCUUACAUCGACACUGUUUUUUAAAGCUUUUCCGAAAGUUAGCCGGUUCCUCUUUAGUGUCAGUUUCCGAACUAUCGAGAGCCGGUUGAGCUCGAGGCAGCUGCUCCCCGUCCUGUUCGAUACACUUUGUCCUCGUUAUGGCAUCCUCGAGUGGAGGUGUGUUCCUGGGAGCAACUAACACCUCCGGAGCUGCCGCCGCUUCAGGAAGCAGGGCUGCGAGGGCAGGAGGAGGCGGAGCAGAGCAAUUACCAAGGGAACUGAAGGAUAUGACUAUAAGAGACGACGAUCGGGACAUGGACGCGGCAGUGGUGGAGGGAAGCGGGACGGAGACUGGUCACAUCAUCACGACCACGAUCGGAGGAAAGAAUGGUCAGCCAAAGCAGGCGAUCAGCUACUCAGCAGAGCGUGUGGUGGGGAACGGGUCGUUUGGAGUCGUAUUCCAGGCGUCCUGUCUGGAGACGGGCGAAACGGUGGCGAUAAAGAAGGUGUUACAGGACAAGCGUUACAAGAACCGCGAGCUGCAGAUCAUGCGGCUGCUGGAGCACCCGAACGUGGUGGCGCUGCGGCACUGCUUCUUCUCGACGACGGACAAGGACGAGCUGUACCUGAACCUGGUGCUGGAGUUCGUGCCCGAGACGGUGUACCGCAUCACCAAGCACUACACCAAGAUGAACCAGCGCAUGCCGCUGCUCUACGUCAAGCUCUACACCUACCAGAUCUGUCGAGCGCUGGCAUACAUUCACAAUGGCAUCGGCGUGUGUCAUCGUGACAUCAAGCCGCAGAACCUUCUGGUCAAUCCCCACACUCAUCAACUCAAGCUCUGCGAUUUUGGAAGCGCAAAAGUCCUGGUGAAGGGCGAGCCCAACAUAUCGUACAUCUGCUCGCGCUACUACCGGGCGCCUGAGCUCAUUUUUGGAGCCACGGAGUACACCACAGCCAUUGACAUCUGGUCUGCAGGCUGCGUCAUGGCUGAGCUGCUGCUGGGGCAGCCUCUCUUCCCCGGCGAGAGCGGCGUGGACCAGCUGGUGGAGAUCAUCAAGGUGCUGGGAACGCCCACGCGGGAGGAGAUCAAGUGCAUGAACCCCAAUUAUACGGAGUUCAAGUUCCCCCAGAUCAAGGCGCACCCCUGGCACAAGGUCUUCUCCAAGAGGGUCCCGGCAGAAGCAGUGGAUCUUGUCUCGCGGCUGCUGCAGUAUUCCCCCAACCUGCGCUGCACUGCUGCGGAGGCGUUGGUGCAUCCCUUCUUUGACGAGAUCAAGGACCCCAACACCAGGCUGCCCAAUGGCAAGCCUUUGCCGCCGCUUUUCAACUUCAAAAAGGAGGAGUUCAAGGGAGUCCCCAUCGAGUUGGUCCGCCGGAUUGUCCCCGAGCACACGCGGCGCCAGAACGGCCAUCUCCUCGUGUAGCAGCAGCAUCACCUUCGUGUUGUUUGUAGCGGAGUGUUUCAACCACCUUUUCCUGUAGCGGCCCCUCCUAACCUGCUCGGCACCUGCUAGCCUGCUCGUCAGCCCCUUUGUCUACCCCAUUCUCCCCAUCCUCUCCUCACUCUCCUCACUCUCCUCACUCUAUCCAUGAGCCCCGAAGCCCCUGAGCUCUUGAGCCUUCCUCACAACCCACUGUUCCAUCACAUUCUCCUCCAUCACUCCCCCCCCCAGUCACCACAACCCUGCAUCACCCCCCUUCCGUCACAUAGCCUUAAGCCCGUGCAUUGUGGGACUGGACGGCUGUCCAACUGGGGUCUCGUGCUGUGGCUGGUGAGCAGGCACCUCAAAACAGGGACUUGGGGGCUGCUUGCCGGCUCAGGGUCUUGGGGGCUUCUGGCUGUAGCUUGGGUUCUUGGGAGCUCGUGAGGUCAACACCACCACCUCGCUCUGAUUUUGUUAGUCUUUACCAGUUACCGUAGCGCCUCUUCAUCUCAACUUCACCUUCCUGCUGCCGCAUGUUAAGCUCCGGCGUCACCUUUCUUUCAGAGAAGCUGUGAGCAUCAAACAGCAGUAGGAAGUCCCAGUCCUCAUUCUCACCUGUGGCACUCUUCUGCUGCUACUGCUUCUCCUGCUGCUGCUGCUGCUGCUGCUGCUGCUGCUGCUCCUCAUGCUGCUGCGGGCGCUACUGCCGUUGCAAAAAGGCCGGUGCUGGCUUCGACAAUCAAACCAGCAAUGCCCACUGCUACGUGACAGUUAUGCUGGUUUCAGUCGCACCUCUUUGGGUGCUGCUUGUGUGCAGCAGACACUGCUGUUUUUGUUUGUUCCCAUCUCAUCAUCUUCCUGUCCACUGUCGUGUGCUGCAUGGUGUCACGGCUGUUAGCCAGCUGUCUGAAAAACCUACCCUAGACCAGCUAGCUAGUAUCAUGCCUUGUCGCAUUCCAGCUUGCCUGAUCACACCUGACCUGCUACCUGACUAAAUAACAGCAGCAUCUUCAUAGUGCCUUUUCCUAUGGUUCCUUCCUGGUAGCAUAGUGCUAGCUUCCAGCACUGUGGCAACAACUUGAGGGGCUAAUCCAACCCCUGAUACCACAUGUAGGUACUACACUGCCUGCACUGU